AUGAAGACCUUUCUUUCGCUUGGCGCCAUCGUGGCAGCCGUUUCAGCCCAGAAUGGAAUCUUUGAACCCGCAGACUUCAAUAUCACGGAAGCCUUGAUAUCCAACGGCGUCAAUGUCUCAGCUAUUCCUGAGCUCUCUGGUCUGGUGGAACGAAGUGCAUCAAGCGGUUGCUCUAUCGCUUGUUCCUCCCUGAAGCUGAUAUAUGGUGGCGACAAGCUCCUGUCCGAGGAGACGUCCGCCUAUGACGCCUUUACUGGCAGUUAUUGGAGCAUUCAACAGGGAACUGUGAACCCAAGAUGUGUCUUUAAGCCAUCUAACACGAUCGAAGUGUCUUCGCUAGUUCUUCUCUCUCGCCUAACGCAGUGCCCUUUCGCUGUAAAAGGUGGUGGCCAUGCUGCUUUUGCCGGAGCGUCGAGUAUUGACGGCGGCAUCACCGUCUCGAUGGAGCGUUUCAAUCAAGUCGCAGUGUCGAAUGACAAGAAGUAUGCCAACGUUGGAGCCGGAACUCGCUGGGUCGAUGUCUACAAGGGUGUCGAGAAAUCUGGUGUCAGUGUUGUUGGAGGCAGAAUGGCUCCAGUCGGUGUUCCGGGACUCGUUCUUGGUGGCGGGAUCUCUUUCUUCUCGAACAAGCUGGGAUGGGCAUGCGACAACGUUGCUAGCUAUGAGGUUGUGACUGCAUCUGGUCUCGUUGUCACCGCAAGCCCAACUCAGUUCGCUGAUCUGUACUGGGCUCUUCGCGGUGGCGGUAACAACUUUGGUAUAGUUACUAACUUUAAGCUCAACGCCUUUCCCCUUGGCAAGAUGUGGGGUGGCCAACGCAUUUUCACAGAGAAUAACUUCCCAGCCGUCCUCGAUGCUAUCUACAAAUUCGCUACUGUCGGCUCUUCAAAGGAUACCGACGCUGCCGAGAUCGUAUCAUUUGGCAACUACCCAGGGAUGGGUAAGAUCGCGAUCGUUCAGACUCAUUACGCCCAGCCCAUUGCCAAUGCCUCCGUCUUUGAUGAUAUCAACGCUCUUACGCCUGUCAUGGACGACACGGGGAUUGGCUACCUCAGCGACCUUACUAUAAAGAUGAAUGGUGGAUCACCGAACGAUACGCUCGGCUCCCUCCAAACCCAAUGGGAUGCCACAUUCAAGGUCGAUCGCGAGCUAUUCAGCUUCCUUGUCAACACCUUCUACAGCCUCAUCCCAGACGUACAAGAUCUUCAAGGCGCAUUCCCAACAAUCUCAAUCCAGGCUAUCACUGAAGGUCAAUUGAAGGGUAUGCAGAAGAACGGUGGCAACGCCCUUGGUCUUACGCCCGCUAAAGGCCCUAUCUUCAUCAUGAACAUGAGUGCAUCAUUCGCCAACGCAGCCGAUGAAGCAACUAUCUUGAAGUUCCUAUCUACGAUCAUUAAGAAGGUCAAAGCAGAGGCAAAAGCCAAAGGCGUGGACAACGACUACAUCUACAUGAACUACGCGUCCCAGUUCAUGGAUCCGAUCGCUAGUUACGGAGCGGCGAAUGCUGAGAGACUGGUCGGUGUGAGCAAAAAAUACGAUCCCGCUCAGGUAUUCCAGAACUUGCAUCCCGGCCAUUUCAAAUUGAGCAAGGGAGCCCCGAAUCCGAACAUGCCAUAA